GAUGGACAGAGGGUACCAAGCAUAAAGUCGGAGCUCUGCUGUGGCGGAAGGGAGCUUUGGCAAUAAAAACAAUUGACCGACCCCGACUUUUUGAAUUGGCACCUGCAGUCUCAACACCUGCACCUGCACCUGCACCCCCCACCUUCCCGGAAGACCACAACACAACCAAGCAACUACUGAACUGCGACCUCUUGCAACAUCAAACAACAACUCAAUUCCCUCUUUCUCUACACCUCAACCAAAGUCGACUUUCCGCCACCGCCAAAAUGUCCGACACCCGCAACGUUUGCAUCACCGCCGUCGACGGCCAAACCGGCUUCCUCAUCGCCGAGCUCCUCCUCAAAGAAGAGCGCUUCAAGAAGCAAAUCACCAGCCUCAGCGGCCUCUCCCUCGACCCGACCUCGGCUAAGGCCAAAGAGCUCGAGUCGCUCGGUGCCGUCAUCGUGCCCCACAACCCCGGCCGCGAGCGCGAGAUGGUCAAUGCCCUCAAGAAGAUCGGCUGCGACACCAUCUGCCUGAUCCCUCCCGCGAAGGAGGACAAGUUUGACAUUUGCGUCGAGCUGACCAAUGCGGCCAAGAAGGCUGGUGUUCAGAAUGUGCUGUUGAUUAGUGCUGCUGGGUGCGAUUAUGCCGAGAGGGACAAGCAGCCGAGGCUGAGGGAGUUUAUUGAUUUGGAGGCUUUGGUGCUGGCUGAGAAGGGUAAUGCGGAUGUUGCCUUGGGACAUUCGCCUUGUGUUAUUCGUGCUGGUUUCUACGCCGAAAACAUCCUCUUGUACGCCCAGCAAGCCCAGAGCGAGGGGGUCCUUCCUCUUCCCAUUGGUGAGAACCACAAGUUCGCUCCUGUUGCCCUCGGUGACAUUGCGCACGUCGCUGCCCAUGUUCUCUCCGGAAAGGGCCCUCACGGCUUUGACGACAAGCACCGCGGUCAGAUGAUGGUCAUCACUGGACCUAUGCUCUGCGCUGGAAAGGAGCUUGCCGAGUCGGCCAGCAAGGCUUUGGGUCAGACGAUGGAGUUUGAGAAUAUCUCUGAGCGUGAGGCGAAGAGAAUUCUCAAGAACCAAGCCACCAUCGACGACUCCGAGAAGGAGUACCUCCUCGAGUACUACAGCCUGGUGCGUGAGGGCAAGACCAACUACAUCGCCACGACUGCUUUCCACGAUGUCACGGGCGAGCACCCCACCGAGCCGGACGAGUUCUUCCGCCUGUAUGCCGGCGAACUGCGUCCCAAGAAGAAGGUGAAGCACAAUGGUGCUUAAACAAUGAACCAUGUACUGCCUCGGAUUGGUUGGAGUUUAGGAUCUGGAUUUAUGGAUUGGGAUUCUUUUGUCUAGGCGUUCAUGGGUUGGGGGAGGAGCAACGGUACUCAAAUAUGCUGCCAUGAAGCGGCACGAUAGUGUUUUGAUAUGUGGGAGCUUCCCCGCUUGACUGUGUGUAUGGCCUUGGCUCUGCAGGUUAAGCGUUCAGAUAUCGGAUGAAUGCUGAAAAUAGCGUCUGGCACAAUACACUUUCAUCUACCACAUGAGG